AGCCAACCAAAAUGGCUUCUUCAACGCCAGACAUCUCGUGUAUUCUGCCACGCCUUCCCCAAGAAUUAACCAAUGCUAUUUCUCAGUAUGUAGAGGGUAGCGACCUCAAGGCCCUGCGGGAAACAUGCUCAGCAAUGGCAUGGGCCAUACCACUCCAUUUCGAUCGUGUAUUCAUAUCCGCAAAUUCCCUCAAUAUCCAAGUCUUCAAAGCAAUCGUAGCCAACGAAACCUUUCGUCCCAAGUCACUGAGAUUAUCUGGGACGACGCCCGUCUAUUUACUGGACCGGAGCGCUGGCAAUACAAAGAUGAAUGGGAGUAUCACGGUCGGGAGCAGAUAUGAUUGUAACUGAGAAUGGGUGUCCGAAGUGGUUUCAGAAAGGAUCGAGUACAUCUGACGAUGACUGGUGCCACCCUACACUUUUCCUGUUGCUGAUAAUCAUAUGGGACUCGCAGAGUGCUGUGACUAUUAUAAGCAAUUGUUAGAAGACCAAAGGCAGAUUCUGGCAGCUAAUGCUGACAUUAAAGCUUUCAAGUAUGGUCUCCAGCGUUUCACAUCCUUGAAACGAAUCACCAUUACACCUGCGACUCACGGGAGGCAUGGGACCCCACUAUACAGGACUCCUAUGAUUAGAGCAUUUCCUCCUGGAUUCGACUACCCAAUCCCAAAGGUAUGGCCUACUGCCCCAAUGAAUGAUUCUGGAGAAUGGCAGGACGAGCUUCCAUGGAUAUCUGAGGAGGGCGAUGCCCCGUAUCAGUGGUUCUACGGUGCCCACUGUACCGCUGAGAAAUACAGAGAGAAGUGGCGAGGCUAUCAACUCGUCAGCCGAGCCUUGAUUGAGUGUGAGAAUCAAGUCACAGAGCUCAGAAUUAAGGGCCACGAGAUCAAGUCCGGAUUGAGCUGUCGAAUCUUUGAUCAGCCUUGCACCGAAUACGAAGAUAUAUGCACUCUACUCAGGCGUCCAGGGUUCCAAUACCUCGAUCUUGAUCUUUUCACAGGUCUCAUCGAGCACGACGACUGGGCAACAUACAAGACGGGCCUUUUGCGCGAUGCUUUAGCUCAAGCUAAAGAUUUACAGCAUUUAUGUGUGAGUGCUUCGACAGAUAUCGAGGAUGCAUAUUGCCAACAGCAUGAUCCAGACGACCUCGAAAGGCCUGUAUUUCCCCUACGGACAAUAUUUCUCAUUGAUCACUGGCCGCGACUUCAACAUUUUGGUAUCUCGAAUUUUCUUAUAGAGAUAGAUGAUCUGGUCGAUGUUCUAUCCGCUUUACCACCAACACUGCGCUCCGUUGAGCUCAUUAACCUAGCGUUUCGAAAUCCGGACCAUGGCUACGGCGAUCUCAUUCGGCAAAUCCGUGAUACGUUGGACUGGCGCUUACGGCCUGCUGAAGAGAGACCGAAAGUUCAUAUGGUUUGUUCAGGAGAAUCUAACCCCCAAAUGGUGGAGAAUGAGUUGAUCGAGGUAGAUGAUGCGCAAGUCCUUUAG